CUGACCUUUACAUUGUGAGUUAAAACUAAAGCAAGAUACCUUAUCGCACAAUAAUUUCGACAAUAUUUUCUACAUCACAAACAAUUCUAUAUUAAAUUUAACAUUGUUUAGAGGUCGGUUUUUGGGCGAAACAUUACUCACUUUACAUUUCUUCUGAAUUAUUGUGGCUAGUAAAUAUGAAGUGUUUUUUGAAGUACUCGAAAUUUUGCGACUUCCCCAUCGAAAACCUACCUUAUGGGGUAUUUUCCACCAGUCAAAAUCCUUCUCGAAGGAUAGGAGUCGCAAUCGCGGAUUCGAUCCUGGAUUUGAGCGAAGUCUCCCAUCUAUUCGCCGGCCCGGAGCUGAAAAACCAUCAAAACGCCUUCAAACAAGAAACCCUCAACGAAUUCAUGGCAUUAUCACCAAAAGCAUGGAAAGAGGCCAGAGAUACCAUCCAAAGCAUGCUAUCAGAAGACAACCCUAUUCUCAAAGACAACGCAGCGCUCAGAAAAAGGGCUCUAGUACCACAAUCAGACGCCACCAUGCACUUGCCAGCGAAAAUCGGCGAUUACACAGACUUUUACUCGUCGAUUCACCACGCCACUAACGUGGGAAUCAUGUUCAGGAGCAAAGAGAACGCUUUAAUGCCCAAUUGGAAGCACCUUCCGGUCGCGUACCACGGCAGGGCCAGCUCGGUGGCGGUUUCCGGCACUCCCAUUCACCGGCCCAACGGACAAACCGUCCUGGCCGACGGAGACGCGCCGAUCUUCGGGCCUAGCAGGCUGAUGGACUUCGAGCUGGAGAUGGCCUUCUUCGUGGGCGGCGCCAACAAGCACGGGGAGCCCAUCAAAAUGGACAAAGCGCAGGAUCACAUCUUCGGCUUCGUCAUCAUGAACGACUGGAGCGCUAGGGAUAUACAAAAAUGGGAGUACGUGCCGCUGGGGCCGUUCCUGGCCAAGAAUUUGGGCACCACGAUAUCGCCUUGGGUCGUCACCGCGCUGGCUCUGGAACCUUUCAAAGUCGACAACUACCCGCAGGAUCCUCAACCUCUCCCGUAUCUGAGGCACGAGGAUAAAUUCAACUUCGAUAUCAGCCUGCAAGUAGACAUUGCUCCGCAAGGCAGCAACGUAUCAACGACAGUCUGUCGCUCGAACUACCGGUACUUGUACUGGACCUCCAAGCAGCAGCUGGUCCAUCACACCGUCACCGGUUGUAACAUGAGUCCUGGAGAUUUGAUCGCCACAGGCACGAUUAGUGGAGAGACUUCGGAUUCGUAUGGAAGCUUGUUGGAGUUGUCGUGGAAAGGCACGAAGCCGCUGACGCUGUUGGACGGGUCCCAAAGGAAGUUCCUGCAGGACGGGGACACUGUCGUGAUGAAGGCGGUUUGCGAAGGGGAUAAUUAUAAUAUUGGUUUCGGUACUUGCGUUGGAACACUCCUGCCCGCUAAACAAUAUUGAUUUGAGUGAAAAUUUCUUCGAAAUAGGACGGCAAAUUAAGAUUGGAUUAACUGUUUUCUAUUUAUAGAUUUUAAUUGGAAAUUAAAUGCCUACGUUAGUAUGACUAAAUCAGUUUUGCAUUUUAUAUCAUUAUUUUUGCAUUAAAAAAAUAAUCAAGCGACCUUGAUGUUGUUGUGUGAAGCCAAGGUAACUGGGAUUGAAUAAUUUAAUUUCAUGGCGGGUAUUUUGUUUGUUGAUCUUAAGAAAAAUUACUAUUAUUAAAAAGCUAAAUCAAUUUGUUCCUCGUUACUUUUGAUUAAAAUCGAUAAUUGUUGUAGCUAAUUAAUAAAUCAUCUAUCUACUUAUU